AAUAAAUAUGGCUAGCAAGUUUUUUAACUUGGGAUCGAAACUGCUAAAUUCGACCAAGAGUUUAGUGAAUUGGACAUCCAUAAGACGCAGCGGAUCAACAAAUGGCAGAAACUGGAUUGGUACACGCCAGAAGCUAUUGGCCUUUGGAGCCUUAACUGGAACUGCCGGAUUACUGCUGUACGCGUUGGAUGCGAGCGUUGACGCUUCCAGCGAUUGUGUGCAUCCGCCCAAUCAGAAUUGGGACCAUAAAGGCUUGCUCUCGGCCAUUGACAAGGAAGGAGUGCGUCGCGGCUUUAAGGUGUAUAAAGAGGUGUGUGCAUCCUGUCAUUCACUGCAAUACAUUGCCUAUCGGAAUUUCGUGGGCGUGUGCAUGACUGAAGCGGAGGCCAAAGCCGAGGCGGAGUCUAUAACCGUACACGAUGGACCCGAUGAUAAUGGAAAUUACUUCGAUCGCCCGGGUAAACUGUCCGAUCAUAUUCCGGCACCUUACCCAAAUGAGGAGGCUGCUCGAGCUGCCAAUAAUGGGGCUUAUCCGCCAGAUCUAAGUUAUAUAGUGUCUGCGCGCAAGGGAGGCGAGGAUUACAUAUUUUCUCUUUUGACUGGAUAUUGCGAGCCGCCCGCUGGAUUUUCACUACGUGAGGGACUCUACUAUAAUCCAUACUUUUCCGGUGGCGCUAUUGCAAUGGGUCAGCUAAUUGACAGCGAAGUCGUGUCUUAUGAUGAUCCGGAGAUUGCCCCGUCGGGCAGCCAAAUAGCUAAGGACGUGGUGACAUUCCUCAAGUGGACAUCGGAGCCGGAAUCUGAUGAACGCAAGGUUUUACUGAUCAAGGUGAUUUUCAUAUUGACAUUUUUGACCGGAAUCAGCUACUACAUCAAGCGUUUCAAGUGGUCCUCAUUGAAGUCACGUAAAAUAUUUUAUAUGCCUGAGAUAAUGGAGAAGAGCAAGUCGAAUGACGGCGGCGAUAAAUGCCCGAAGAAAUAAGAUUUAAUGUUAAUAAAAUAAACAUUUAAAUGCUGCGGCACAAUA